AUGGGGGAGCAUCCUAAGGGCGUUGGAUCCGCAGAGUUGCUUCACACAAGUAUGGUUCAAAGUGUCCUCGGCAGCAAAUUUGCACCAGACGUUUUGCUGCAUAGCUACAAGAGUUUUAAUGGAUUUGUUGCGAGGCUAACAAAAGAGGAAACAAUGAAAAUGAGAGAAAUAGAUGGUGUGGUAUCUAUUAUACCAAAUAGAAACAGUAAGCCUCAAACAUCAAGGUCUUGGGAUUUCCUAGGCUUCCCCGAACAAGUCAGAAGAAUCGUUACAGAAAGUAACAUGGUCGUUGGAGUAAUUGAUAGUGGAAUUUGGCCUGAGUCUGAGAGCUUUAAUGACAAAGGAUUUGGUCCACCACCACCGAAAUGGAAGGGAACAUGCCAUAACUUUACUUGCAAUAACAAAAUAGUUGGAGCAAAAUACUUUAAGAUUAAUGGAGGGUUUGGAAAAGAUGACAUCAUAUCUCCAAGAGAUUCAGAUGGUCAUGGGACUCAUUGUGCAUCUGUCGCUGCUGGAAACUCAGUUAGGUUUGCAAGUUUAUUUGGGCUUGGCUCAGGGACAGCUAGAGGAGGAGUUCCAUUAGCACGUAUUGCUGUAUAUAAAGUGUGUUGGUCAGAUAUAUGUCAAGAUAUUGAUGUGCUUGCAGCAUUUGAUGAAGCCAUUAGAGAUGGUGUUGACAUACUUUCUGUGUCAUUAGGACCUACAGAGGUGAUACACCCUAACUAUUUUGAGGACGUAUUUGCAAUAGGAGCUUUCCAUGCAAUGAAGAAUGGGAUAUUGACAUCUAAAACUGCCGAUAAUUUGGGCCCAAAUCCCUACUCGAUGUCAAAUACUGCACCUUGGUUCCUUUCUGUAGCUGCUAGCACUAUAGAUAGAAAGUUUUUUUACCAAUGUUCAGUUGGGCAAUGGCAAGAUCUAUCAGGUAAAAUUCAUUACAGAAAUGAUGCAUGGAUACGUAAUAUUCUGUAA